CUCAAAACGAAAUAGUGAACACCACCUAACCCAGAGAGAGAGACAGAGAGGGAGCGAACAGUCGAUUCCCCAAAAUUUGGAUCCGAUUAUUGUUUUGUUUUAUUGGUUUAUUUAUUGCACAGCAGCAUCUCAUCGUUCUUCAUCCCCUGCUCGAACCAAACAAACCCCUAGUAGAUUCAUCUGUUGGAGCUCAGAGAGAGAAACCGAGGGAGUGAGAGAGAGAUGCAGACUGCGGUGUUGAACCCAUCAUAUUCUUACUGCAGGGCCCAACAAACCCUAGAACCUUCUUGUUCUCUUUCCUCUCCAUCCACAACACCUUUCUUCCACCCCUCUUCACCCUUCAAGAACUCCAUCUUUGGCCCUCGAAUUUUUCUAUCUGGGAGAAGCAAUCUGGUGCAGCAGAGCUUUGCACGUUCCGUGCCCACUGGGAUACACAGGCGAGUUGUAAAGGCGGUUGCCACGCCAGAUUCAGCUGUGGAGUUGCCCCUAACUGCAGAAAAUGUGGAGAGUGUGUUGGACGAAAUUCGACCGUAUCUCAUUGCCGAUGGUGGUAAUGUGGCACUACACGAAAUUGAUGGCAAUGUUGUGAGGUUGAAGCUACAAGGAGCAUGUGGCUCCUGUCCAAGUUCUGUAAUGACUAUGAAGAUGGGAAUCGAGCGUCGUUUAAUGGAAAAGAUGCCUGAAAUAGUUGCGGUGGAACCAAUUGCCGAUGAAGAAACUGGCCUUGAGCUGAAUGAAGAAAACAUAGAGAAGGUCCUCGAAGAAAUAAGGCCUUACCUAGUUGGGGAAGCGGGUGGAUCUCUUGAACUGGUAGCAAUCGAAGAGCCAAUUGUGAAAGUUCGAAUCACAGGUCCAGCAGCAGGGGUCAUGACUGUUCGUGUGGCUGUCACACAGAAACUGCGUGAGAAAAUACCAGCUAUUGCAGCAGUUCAACUUUUGUAACACCCCAACUCUCAUACAGAAGAACACGUCGUAUCUUUGAUGAAUAAAGGGUGUUCAGAAAACAUGUCAUGAAUACUGAAGAAAAUGUUUGGUGCAGCAGCCACGUGAUGAGUAAACCACAUUUGACAGUUUGUAUAGUUCCAAACUUGUUGGGUUGCGAUGCUUUCUCUUCUUUGUGAUUGUAUAGGAUCUUUGUGAGGGACAAAUAUAUACAAUACAGAUAUGAACCUUUUAUCAUUUUAUCCCCAAACUUGUUGCAAUGCCCCAUUUGAUUUUGGAGAGUGUUUUUUCUCCAUGAUCCAAAUCAACUAUUGUGAUAAUGGCAUUAUUGUUGCCACAUUCA